AUGACUGAGUUAAAUGAUGGGAGACCUUCCGGGGGUGGGGAAAUAAGACGGAACACCCCCGGGGACGGCAACACGGGCGUGGCUGCAUCAAGCGAUGUCCCCGCCCAAGUAACCGCCGGGCCAUACCCUGGGGACUUUAACCUCAAUUUCAUGAGAAAUAUAGACGAUGAUUUCAAGGUGGAGUUUUUAUUGGAGUCCAGUAAGAUAGCAUGUGUAACAUUUUAUCGACAGGUGAGGUACAAAAAUGGCACGAUCUGUCUAGAGAUCGAAUCCUCCAAUCACAUUCUCCAAAAGAUCGAACCCUCCAAUCAGUGGCUCAUUUACGUACAGCCGGCACGAGACCGACACGAGCAGAAUUGUGAAUUUUACCGUCAUGAAAAUGGAGAGAUUCUACUGAGAACUUUAAAGAAGGUAGGAAGCGGCGAGCAGCUUCUAGCCUGGUACAGUGAGCAGUUAUCAAGAGACUUCAGUAUCCCGUUCCUCGGACUUCACAAUAUACUUGGAAACCAGCAGUACGUGUGUGACAGGUGUGGACAAACAUACACUCAUCCCAAUCCCCUAAAACUACACCUUCGGACCUGCCGUAACAAGGGGGUGACCUCACCCAAUAAAACGUCCAGCAUGCCGGACAGGGAUAUUCUGUUCAGACCCUAUCUUCAGUGCAACUGUCCCAGCAAGUCGCCUGUCCCAGGGCCCAGCCACACACCCCGUCAUGCUCCUCAUAACGUUACCAGGCCAAUCCAGUACAUGACGUCACCUAACAGAGCGAGUGUAUUUGGUCAGCAAGACUUAAGGCGUGUGAUAUCUCCUGAAGAUAUUCAUCCGGUCAAUUUGUCCCUGAAGGAUUCCCAUGGAAAAUCUAGGAUAACAGCAUACCACGAAAACCAGUUUCUCCAUCCAUUACAUAUUUUUAACCACGUUCAGCCUCAAGUGUUCCCCCUUUCAGUAGGCAAUAUGACGUCACCACCAUACAGGUGUUAUGACGUAUGGGCCCCAUACGCCGCCGUAUUGUCUCAUCACCGGAACCAGAAUGCCACGCUCUGGACAGGGAGACAAACUUGUGUACGUACAGAACAGCUAAACAACAGACAAAGUAAAUUCCGUGGCAACCAAACACCUGUUAAACUUCCGGUUCCGGUUCCGGUUUCAAUACCUUCCGAGUCAGAUGGAGAGCCACUAGACUUACUUCCAAAGUCAUUUUUUGCAAAUAAGUCAAAGAAAGGACACUAUUGUAUAUACUGCGGGAAGCUUUAUUCGAGAAAAUAUGGUCUUAAAAUUCAUCUGAGGACUCAUACAGGCUACAAACCAUUGAAAUGUAAAGUUUGUUUGCGACCAUUUGGUGACCCCAGUAAUUUAAAUAAACAUAUCCGUCUUCAUGCUCAAGGCGAAACACCAUAUCGCUGUGACUAUUGCGGAAAAGUUCUGGUCCGUAGACGAGAUCUCGAGAGACAUAUCAAGUCCCGUCAUCCGAACGCUACAGAGACCGGGUUUGUGAUGCCAAGUGAAUGUUCAACAGAUAUUAACGAACCGUUGACACAGCAUGACAAUGACCAAGAGAUAGUGGUCGUAUGAAUGUGUGUGUCCUAUGGAAUUCUUCGGCUUUAACUUGACUUGUUUGUGAUAAAUCUUCUCCUUCCAUUUGAAAUAAUGCCCUGGCAUGUACGUAUAAAUCAUUUUAAUGUAUAUCAUUAUUAAGUGUAUAAAUGUAUAUCAUUAUUAAGUGUAUAAAUGUACAAUUGUAUAAAUUUUACCUGUCACGUGUUCAUGUAUUUUACCAGCAAUGUGCCCGGUACAUUAAUUGUACUGUUACACCGGUUAUGAAUAA